UCCCUGGCUCAGCAGCCUCCGCGCACCACAGUGCUGGAGCAGACAGCCGCGCUGCCGGACGCACGCGCUAUCCACGGUACUGUAGCUGAGCUGGGAGAGGCGGCGGCGGAGGAAGAAGAAGAAGAAGGAGAAGAAGAAGAAGAAGAAGAAGGAGAAGAAGAAGAAGAAGACGAUGUCAGUGGCAGUGAAGAAAAAAAAAAGCGUUAAGGCCGAGUUCAGAAAGUGCGCGUGGCGUUCCUGGUGGCUCUUUCCUCACCUGCUGCUGUGUCUGUCCCUGGUCGCGUACGCGGCGCUAGGCGCGCUCAUGUUCGCGCACAUUGAAGGAAACGGCUUAAAGGUGUUGAAUUAUACUAGACCGACCGAGUACCAGCGCUUCCUGGCUCAGGUUGUCGCCACCGUCCAGAACCUCACCAACAAUGCCUCCGCCACACAACAAGACAUCAUGGAUAGAGUGGCGACUCAGAUGGAUAAGUUCCAGUCCAUAUGGCUCCAGAGACCUGCCGAUUGGGAUUUGUAUGGCUCCAUGUUCUUCUGCUGCACUGUCUUCACAACCGUUGGGUAUGGAAAGAUCUAUCCGGUUACCAUAACUGGUAAGGUGGUGUGUGUCUUGUAUGCCAUGGUGGGCAUCCCUUUAAUGCUUCUGGUCAUCCUCGAUGUGGGAGAUUUCCUCGCUAUGCUGAUGUCUGGAGCCUACGUGCAUAUUCACACCCUCUGCAAAACCCUCCGCUCCCACACCUGGUCUCCGUGGAAGGCUCGGAAGAGGACAAGGGACUCAAGCAACCCGGCUCUGGAGAACGGUAACUUUUUUUUCAGCCACAACGUUGUGGUCCGUGAACCCUUCGACAUCCGGCACGUACUGCACAGCCAGGCGGAUGUACGGCACAACUCCAUCAUGCUCCAAAACAACAAAGAGAUCUUUGAGAAGAUUCUUGCCAGGGAGAAUUUACUUAGAAAGGGCCCACUGCUCAGGAGCCUCUCUUGCCCAGAGCUAGACCGACUGCCACCAUCAGACAAAAGAUUUGCCAUUUGGGACUUCACAGGGUUAGGGGAUGGAAUGGAAAUGCUGGAUGUACCCUUUGUACUGAUUCUUUUCAUCGUGUUUGCCUACAUUUGUUUAGUAGGUUUGAUUCUGCCACUGUGGGAAACAGAAUUGCAUGGCUUUGACCCCUACUACUUCUGCUUUAUCACUCUCACUACCAUUGGUUUUGGUGACAUUGUACCAAAUCACCCUAAGUUCUUCAUGCUAACCUCACUCUUCAUCAUUGUUGGCAUGGCCAUCAUGUCCAUGGCUUUCAAGCUAAGCCAAGCACGAAUUGUAAGCUUCUACCGCCAAUGCAUCAAGUUCCUCAGCAGAGGAAACGUGGAGACUUUGAAAGAUCAAGAGAAUGACUAAGUCACAAAGAGAAUAUCUGUACUACAGUUUUUUACAAUCACUUUGCUAC